UGUGACAUAGGUUAGAAAAUUUAGAGUGGCUGGCUAAAUCAUAAAUGUUAAGUUUGGCGGUAUUUUGUAUUUUUUGUAUUUUGUAAGUGCAUCAGUAAGGUCUUGUUUCACUCUACGAACAUAGCUGCGGAGGUUUUUUUACGCAAAAGUGUGCGGCAAGUGAAAAUAUAAUUACUACUUUUUGUAUGAAUAGCUAGCGUUAGCAAGCUAGCCAGGUGACUGUCAUCGAUUAGCUGCUCCACUUUGCGGGUAGCCUACCAGCCAAUGUUGAAAAUACGGCUUUUCAGAGUUGAUCAUUGAGCCUCUGUCAGGUUAUCAGGCUAGCUAAUUAGCUAGUGACAGCUACUUAACUUAAAAACACACGCGCAUUGCUGUAGCCAACAGCCUGUUGUCCCCUUUUUGUCCUGUCCAUCAUACGCUUGUUACCUGUGUAUGUCUAGGCAGCUUUGCUGUAAUAUUAGAGUAGUUUGUGGACUCUGCACCUGCCACGUUCCAGGUCCUGCUCACAGUAGCUACAGAACAGCCCACCUUUCAUACUCGAAGAAAAUAUCAAAGCCAUUUGGAUCGUUUCGCAUCUUCCUCAAACGAAUAAAGCGGAUCUGCUUCCACAAAACAGCUCCUGAGAUGGGAUCCCCCGAUGCAGAGGACAGAGGCGAGGUGUUCGAGGAGCACAUAUACUGCUCCGGUGCACUCACAGAGGUGCUCAAAUUCGGGGCCCGGGACCUGCAUCCCAUCAGCAGGCACCACAGUCCUCCCAGAGUGCUUUUCCUCGUCAUUCCAGGUAACCCGGGUGUGGUGGGCUUCUACAAGACCUUCAUGCAGGCCAUCCAUGAGGGGUUUGACAGACGCUUCCCCGUGUGGGCUGUGAGCCACGCGGGACACUGUGUACCCCCAGACAGGAUGGGCAUGACAGCAGAUGCCUUCAUGGAUGUAGAGGACGUGUUUGGGCUGAACGGGCAGGUGGAGCACAAGCUGACCUUCCUAAGAGAGCAUGUGCCCCGCGACACCAAGCUGGUGUUGAUUGGCCACUCCAUCGGGUGUUACAUCAUCUUAGAGCUGAUGAGGAGGCAGCCGGAGCUUCAGGUGGUGAAGUCCCUGCUGCUGUUCCCCACCAUCGAGCGCAUGGCCGAGUCUCCGCAGGGCAAGGUGAUGACGCCGGUGCUGUGCAGGCUGCGCUGCGUGGCCUACCUGCCCAUCCUGCUGCUCUCCCUGCUGCCCCACUGCCUGAAGGCGGCCAUGGUGAGGCUGGCGCUGCGGGGCCUGCGCUCCCUCGACCCCUCCAUUAUCCCCGCCACCGUCAGCCUGAUCAACGUGCACUGCGCCGCUAAUGCCAUGUACAUGGGGAGUCAAGAGAUGGUGCAGGUCCUGGACAGAGACAACUCGACCAUCCAUCAAAAUCUGGAUAAGCUGAUAUUUUACUAUGGAGCCUGCGACCAUUGGUGCCCAGUGCAGUACUACCAUGACAUUAAGAAGGAGUUCCCGGACGGAAACAUCCAGCUCUGUAAAAGGGGCAUCCGCCACGCAUUUGUUCUGGACGCAGGGGAAGAGAUGGCCUCCAUGAUUGUCGACUGGGUCCACUCCGACCUGGAGAAGUUAUAGCAUGGGACUCCGCUGGUGUCUACGCUGCGCUGAGGAUUAUGGAAGGCAUCUCCAUCUGGUGCUGCGUGGAGGAACAAAACCGUUACUCAGUCUGAGGCGCGAUCUUUCUCUUUCUCAGGAGGAAAGAAAAAAACAUUCAGCAAAAAGGUUUUCCAUACAUAUAAUUUUACAUUGACAGUUUAACUAUGUGUAACACGCACAUCAUUUCAGUAAAGGAUUUGAUUCCUAGGUAGCCCAGAAUUCUUGUAGGCCCUAAACAGGCCUAAAUUGUUUUAGUUAAUAUCUGUCUGUAAGAACUGAUAUGUAAAAAAUGUUAGCUAUGUAAUCACUUGGUACAAGAGUGUCUCCUAAGAUAAGAAAUUAAAUAAUCUAUUGUAAUGGUUACCAUUAAUAUGAAAUAAUACACUGGCAACAGAGAAAGGAGAAUGAUGUAGUUAUGCAUUUUUCUGAUGCAGUUGGCAACAAAUUUAAUUGUGAACACAACUGACAUUCCAAAAUUUUGAUUGUGAUCCAAACUUCAGUGUGAUUUUAAGCAUUGUUAUACGGUGAAAAGUUUUAGCUUUAAAGUAUGCAUUAUUAAUAUUGUGAAUAUCCCAAUCAUAUUUUCCUUUCGGGACCUGACUAUAGCUGCCUCAAUUAAUUCAUCAAAAUUUUCUUUUUUUAACAUCCUUGAAUAGUACAAAAAAUGUUAUUCGCUCAUUAUAUAUUUUAGCGGGUCCGAUGUUUGCAUCAGUAAUUAGAGAUCUCAAAAAGCACAUACAGUUAAUUUCGAAGACACAGAAUUUUGUCCCCCUCUGAAACACUAAGCAGGUCCAGUAAACAUUCAGAUCAUACACAGUAAGCUGAAAUCCUUUCCCUGUGAUUAGGAAAUGUUUGGAAAUCAUUAACAGACAUGUGUAAAACUACCAGUGGGCAGAUGGAGCAUUAAGCCCUCCUGGUGAAGCUCUGCCGUGUCCUCUGCUGCUGUUGGAAGCAACAUGGAGGCACUCAGCUUUGACCAAGUCCGAGUUCACAGAGAAAUCUGUGCGUCGACGCACAGAGGAACGUUGUGGCGCUGACAGAGGAAUCCGCAUGCACUGGCUGCACACGCUCACACUCCCACCUCUGACCUCUGACCUUUGACCCCACACACCCUUCUAGGGGUUGGGCCCUGGCCACUGGUGAUGUAAGAGGUAGCUGACCUAGCCCUCGUAAAAACUUUCCUGGAGUGUCUUUAGAUCGUCUGCAUGCCUUCCUGGAUGCCUUCCGAACAGCACGGUUCUGUUACCGGUCUGCUGUUUGUUAUCUCUAUAGAUGGCCACAUAUAGAGAUGACAUGGUCUCACAGAAUGUUACCCUAAUGGCCAAUGGGAAGGUUAAGGGUUUGAUCCAGUGAGAGAGUUGCUUUUACAGGCGUGGUUGUGGACAUUGGGCCUGGUUUGUGGGUGGAAAGAGUCUUACGGGGCAAGAGGGAUAAAGACACAUCCUCAAUAUCUGAAUCUUCCAAGCUACACAUGUUUCUUUGAUAUAUCCCAUACUGUCAUCCUGCGGGACAGUGUUCUCUGUGUGAACCCAGUGUGUAUGGGUGGAAGGCAGGAAGAAAAACCCCUCAGAAUACAGCAGACCAAAAAAAAAGAACAGCAACAACAUACAGGGCUGGUGUGAUCAGUGAUGGAGGAUGCUGAUGGAGGGGGUAACCUGUUGUAAGUGUUGUUGCAAUGUUUUUGACACAUGCAGUUACGCCACUUUUCUGCUCAGUCCUAUCCAGGUGCACUUAAUCAUGACCAAGCUAAAGACACGCUUUGAACAUAAGAGCUACUGUAGGUGAGAGUUUGUUGAGAGCCAGUCACUCCGGUUACAGUGGGAUACCUAGUACUGGAUGUGGCCAGGGCACAGUUUUAUUACAAUGGGUAGAAGAAGGCAUGUUUGUGGACCAGAUGAAGGAGGUAGUAACAUGGCCUGGUGCCAAAUAAAUGGUGCGGACUCCAAAGAGAACAUGCCUUUCUGUAAACACUGUUGAGUAAACAGUGAACAUGUCCAACCAGACGGAGACAUAGCUAGCUAUCUUUUAGCAAAUACCAGGGUGCUAGGUUUUUUUUUGUUUGUUUUUUAGCUGACUAGCUAGCAGUUGUACUGGUUCCUAACUGGCUGUAACCAACUUACUCUAAGGAAAGAAUGCAGCUUUAGUAGAUGGUCCUGUCUACUGGCGUUGCCACCCCAUCGGUUAUCCUGAUUUACGCAAGCAGAGUAAAAUGUCAGAUCACAAAGGAAAGUUUUAUGAAUGACUUAUGUGUCCCUUUUGAUAUUAAUACAGGGACUGUAACAAACCUUGUGUAGGGGAUUGCUCCAGAUGGUAGACUUGCAUUGUUACAAUACAGAUAUUUCAAAAUAA